AUGAAUCCCUUUAAGGCACCAGCAUUCACUUCAUCUCCAAAAAGCACAUAUGACAUAGCAGAAAAUGAUGACGUCACUGUCACGUGCUCAGCGAGGGGUCGACCAGCCCCCAAUGUCACAUGGGUCAAUAAGACGUCAGGGUCCGCAGUGGCUCAUGGGACAGGGAGUGCAACACUGAGUCUACUAAAGAUCCAGCGACACCAAGCAGGGGUGUACCAGUGCCAGGCCAUCAACGAUGUGAGGAGGGGGGCCAUAACCCAAGAUGUCACCAUCAACGUGCAAUAUCCACCAAAGAUUACUCCAAUACAGAACACCACAGUGAGAGCUGGGGAGACCAUCACCCUGACAUGCGCAGUGGCUGGUAACCCGACACCAAGUGUUUCCUGGUCAAAGGCAGGAUCUGGACAUAGCACCGGUGGUAACGUCUUUACUAAAGCUGGUGCCACAAAGGCAGACACUGGACAAUAUGUCUGUACUGCAGUAAACACCGUCACUGGAAACACACAGACAAGAACAGAAUCCACUUAUGUCAUGGUCAAAUGUAAGUGCUCUAUGAUGCCAAAUGUAAGUGCUCUAUGAUGUCAAAUGUAAGUG